AUGGCUACUUCCAUAACAUCAAAACCUUCAUUUCCCAUUAAAACAGUAGUAGUUUUAGUUCAAGAAAACCGCUCAUUUGAUCACAUGUUAGGUUGGAUGAAUACCCUCAACCCUGAAAUCAAUGGUCCAACGGGAAAAGAAUACAACCGAAUAUCUACCUCUGACCCAAACUCCAGCCUCAUUUUAUUUGACGAUAAGUCACUUUACGUCGACCUAGAUCCUGGUCAUUCAAUUCAAGACAUUUAUGAACAAAUAUUUGGUGUCCAAUGGAGUCAAGACUUGGCUAACAAGAAACUUGAAACCGCCAUGAAUGGUUUUGCUCAAAAUGCAGAGAGAAAUCAAAAGGGCAUGGCGGAAACUGUUAUGAAUGGAUUUAAACCUGAGGUUGUGCCAGUCUACAAAGAGCUUGUGACUGAGUUCGCGGUAUGUGAUCGAUGGUUCGCGUCAGUUCCAGCAUCAACACAACCCAACAGGUUAUUUGUGCACUCGGCAACGUCGCAUGGGCUAACAAGUAAUGAUACAAAGCUUUUGAUUAAUGGAUUACCUCAGAAAACUAUAUUUGAUUCAAUGGAUGAAGCUGAUUACUCUUUUGGUGUUUACUAUCAAGACCCUCCAUCCAUACUCUUUUACAGGAAUCUUAGGAAACUGAAAUACAUAAAGAAUUUUCAUCCGUUCGAUCUGAGCUUCAAAGAUCACUGCAAGGAGGGAAAGCUACCAAAUUAUGUAGUAAUUGAACAAAGAUAUUUUGACUUAAAAGCAUUGCCGGGGAACGAUGAUCACCCUUCGCACGAUGUAUUCGAGGGACAAAAUUUCGUGAAACAAGUGUAUGAGUCAUUGAGAUCAAGCCCUCAAUGGAAUGAAAUGUUGUUCAUAAUAGUAUAUGAUGAACAUGGUGGUUUCUUUGACCACGUGCCCACUCCGGUCACCGGAGUUCCUAGCCCCGAUGGCAUUGUGGGUACUACUGCACCUUAUAACUUUCAGUUUGAUCGCCUCGGUGUUAGGGUUCCAGCCAUCAUGAUUUCUCCAUGGAUUGAAAGAGGAACAGUGUUACAUAAGCCGUCAGGGCCAUACGCUACUUCUGAAUUUGAGCAUUCUUCAAUCCCUGCAACUGUGAAGAAGAUAUUUAAGUUGGAUGACUUCCUAACUCAACGUGAUGCAUGGGCUGGCACCUUUGACACUCUCAUAACCAGAACUACUCCAAGAACAGACUGUCCUGAAACUUUAGCAGAGCCAGUACGAUUGAGAGAGGCAGAAGCAAAAGAAGAUGCAAAGUUAACAGAGUAUCAAGCAGAAAUGGUACAAAUGUCAGCAGUAUUAUGUGGUGACCAUGUGAAGAACUCUUAUCCACACAAAUUAGUGGAGGAACUGAAUGUUGCUAAAGCAGCUGAUUAUGUUCAUAAUGCAUUCAAGAAAUUCUUGGAUGAAGCUGAAAAUGCCAUACAAAGUGGUGGACAUGACUUUACUAUCUUAAUACCAACAGAAUUAUCAGCUGAGAGAGCUCCAAGAAAAUCCAAAUCCUUCGUUUCCAAGUUUUUUUCUUGUAUAGUUUGUGAUCAGUGA